AUGAAGUUCCUCCCACUGAGUGAGUUUGAAGACGUGACAAGUUCCCUUAACUUUGACACCGAAGACUGCCACGUCGUUGGAGGAUGCGAUCUGUAUACCACAAAAGCCGCUGGAGGGGAUAAAAAGUUGUACAAGAAUAUUGAAAACUCGCUCGAGUCGCAAUAUGAGUCCCUCUUGCGCCUCUCGGCCUCUCUCUCUCCUCCCAAUGCCUCGCAUGCGGCGCAAUCGCUGAACCUAUCUCGUUCGAGUCCGUUUGGGCCGUUGAGUGAACAUUCAAGUCGACGAACAUUUGCGUACCUCAUCGCGACACUCAAUGCCAGCCACCCCGAUUACGACUUCUCGCAUCUCCUCCGUCCCUCCGACUUCCGCCGCGAAAGAAGCCUGAAACGCGUGAUGAAUACCAUCGAUACCACGUUGUUCAACCUUCGGCCGCGCCUAGAGAGGGACGUCACUCCCCCAACGCCUACCACAUCCUCCGGUCCACAUCCAACCGCAACAACGCACUCUUGGGGACCUCGCAUGUGGAAAAUAUUGGAUGAUCAAAUGUCAUUGAAGGAGUGCGCCAUAUUCUGCUAUGCGCCCGAGGAAGACCCAUAUGACGGUGAAGAUGGCGCCAUCUGGAGCCUGAACUACUUCUUUUUCAAUAAAACUCGGAAACGCGUCUGUUAUCUCUACCUUCGUGGAAUCAGUAUUCUCAGCCAGCCACAGGACGGGACAACGACGCCAUUGUUGGCUGGAAAGCGAUACGGCGACGACGGAUUCUCAACGCCCGAUUACGGUGCGCGGAAACGUGCCCGGUACUGGUUGGGUGAUCGUGCAUCGCUCAGAAUAAGCGAUUCGAGUAGUGAUGAGGAUGAAUCACCCGCAGCAUCCGCAAGGCCGAGCCGGCCGGUUGUUGACCAAUAUGAUAAUUAUCUACUUAGCGAUGAAGAAACACGCUCGAUAUCUCACAGCAAGAGCUCGGUUCGCGCGAUGAGUGAAGAAAUCGCGGAUGCCAUGGAGGUUUAA